AUGGCGCCCUCAAGAGCCGCCUCGCGCAUCGCCGCCUCCGCAGCCCUCAGCACGCGCCGCUGCGCCGCUGCUGCAGCAUCUGCCCACACUCCACUGACGCGUUCCUACACCCAACUGCUAUUUUCGCACAAGGCCCCGACGCCACGGCCAGCUGCUGCCCGCGCCGCAGCCUUCGCACCAGGCCCUGCUGCAGCGCGCCGCUGCAUGUCGAGCAGCGCCGCGCCCGAGCCGCCGGAUUACCUGUCUGAGGGCGAGCUGCAUGUCUUCAAUAAGAUUAAGGACAAUCUAGACCCUGUGCGCUUGGAGGUCCAGGACAUUAGCGGUGGUUGCGGUUCCAUGUACGCGCUCGAUAUCGAAAGCCCCAAGUUCAAGGGCAUGACGGUCAUCAAACAACACAAACUGGUCAACGAGAUCCUGAAAGACGAGAUCAAGGGCUGGCACGGCGUACAGUUGAGGACCAAGGCCGCCGCAUAG